AUGUCUUCCGAACAACCUCUACAUGUUGUUAUACGCAUCCCGUAUAAAAGACCUCCGGGCUUUGUAGAGCCUCCCUCCAUUAUUUGGACUGAAGAAAUGGAAAAAAGGUUAUGGGAAAUACUCGCUCAAAAAAAUAUAGAUUGGAAUUCUGCUUCUCAACUCUUAAAUGUACCAGCACCUUAUCUUCUGCGUCAUGCUGCUUUUUUAUAUGAAACACAACUUCGUGAUGUUCAAAUGCAAUUACGUCGAGGUGAAGCGGCAUUGAGUUCUAGCAAUAUCAGUAGUUCACAUGGGAAUCGUAACAGAUCUUCAAGUUGUAAACCACUAUCUGCUCUGUCUAGCGUAAGCAAAGAACAAUUUACAUCAUCACGUGGAGCAUAUACAAGUUCUCAAGAUAUGAUGCGAACUGGAAGUAAUACCAGUUUGUCUGAGGGAAAAAAAUUAGCUAGUGGUUCAACUUCUUCUUCCAUCACUGUAACUCAAUCUUUAAAUGAAGCAAAACAAACUCAAGUCACACCAUCCCCUCUCCAGACUGGUUCUCCAACUUUUUCUAGACGACCAUUGUCUACCUCUUCUUCUGUUUCAACUAUUACUACUGUUGACCCUGUUUCUAGGCAACCUGCUCAAAUGACUCCUAGGCAAGAUGGUUUUCCUACAACGAACCUAUCUACUAUAGAAUCUUCCACUACAACUUCCUUUGCAACCCCUGCUGCUUCACUGACUAUGCCGUUAUCUCGAACUUUAUCAAACCCUUCAUCACCUGGUACUCAAGAUUUAUCAGGAAGUGUCAUGAUUCACACUGCUGAUCCUGACAUUGAUUACACUGAUGAAUUUUUAGAGGAAAAUGAUGAUAAUCUAAGGCAAAGUAAUGAAUUUUCACUUAGUGACAAAUUGGCUCGGCUGAAUACCCAAGCUGGUCCCGCUUUCUUACCGAUUGGAAUCAAUCCGCCGAAUCCAAGGCAUCAUGAUAUUAAUUUUAAAAUUUUACCUGAAUUAUCCGAUUCGACGGAAAUUAGAGCUCCCAUGACUUAUUUGAGUUCCAAUUCUCAGCUUUCUAACAUUGCAGAAGGUCUCCAACCAUCUAAGAAGAAUGAAUUUAGUGCCCAUGGUUCUGCUAACUCAUCUUCUUCCCUCAGCGAUCUUAGUAUUGGUCUUGACUCUGUGACUCUGUCUGAAAUGGGAAGUGCAUAUCUAGAAGAUUCAAAGCUGUGA